AUGGUUAUGGGACAAUUUGUAACUACCUACAGAAAAGAUUAUUUGUGGCCCUACGUUAAAACAUUAGGACUCAGACCCGAGCCUGAACAUAUUUACAGUCCAGAAUAUAGAAGUCAAACUUGUAAAUGUCACUGUCUCCCUGCUGUUCCUUCCACGAGUCAACAGAGAACUUUAAUUGGUCCUGCCGCUCUUGGAGAUGAAGAAUGGAGUCGUCUUGGACCAAUGGGCCCAUUACUGGAGCCCAAAGUUUUCACAGCAAAAGUAUCAUCUGCUCCCGAAUCCGAAGUCAGCAGAUUCAAUCAACCGAAUGUAUUCAUGGCAAAGUUACAAGAAAAGUAUCCUUUCAUUUACGAAUGUCUAAGAACGGCUCCUCCAGAUGAUCUUAUAGCUAGAAUAAACAAAGACAGACUUUCUAGCAGUUACCAAGUGGAUUACUGUCAUAAACAGGAAUACCCUAACGCUCCCUACGACGAAUUAAUAAGAGCCGCUGGAGUUGAGGGAUUGGCUCCGUGUCCAGAACCAACAAGACUUCCAGGAGAUAUUUGUAGACCUAUUCAGAAAAUGAAAGUGUACAAAAAAUGUUCUGCUUUCACUAACGAACAAUUCAAAACACGUGGUCCCGGAGGACGUGGAUCUGGAGGACAUGUUAGAGAUGAUUCUAAGCAAAUUCUUGGAGCAUGUAAGGGAGGAACAUUCACAGUAACUCCAGGAUAUACUGAAUAUAUGGACACAGUUUCUAGACUUGGUACCUUGAUAAUAAGAGACGGAUUACAUGAUCCUGUCAGAAGAUCGAAGAAAUGUAAGCUAGUCGUAGACGACCAGAUAAUUUUCCAAUUAAUGAAAUUCAAAUACCUAGGAAUCGAGAUUCCAGGAUUUGGAGACGUAGAGUACGAAUUAAGAGAGCAAACAACUGAAGCUUUAAGAAAAGCGGCAUGUUUGAACGAAACCAUAUGGCAAAAUAAACAUAUCGGAAUAGAACCCAAAUCGAGAAUACACAAGGCCACGAUAAGACCCAUAAUGACCUACACCGCAGAGUCACGGCCAGAAACGGUGAAAACAGUGAUGGAAACAGCAGAGAUAAAAGUGCUACGCAGGAUACCCGGAGAAAUCCUACUGGACAGGGAAAGAAAACCUCCCCUGAUAUUCCAACCAAAAGUUGACAUAACGUGUCCAAGAUCCCCUCCGGGUCCAUAUUAUAGACCAUACAGUGUGGACUCUUGUAUAAUAUUUCACAAAGAAUGUCAAAAGGUAUGUGAUGACAUUCGAGAUGAGAGAAAAAUGUGCAUGAAGCCUAAUUAUGUUAGUGAAAUUAGUAAAUGGGAUCCUUUCGAAAGAACCUCUCCAAUGUGCUCGGACGUUGUGGAAAAAUGGGGCAAGAUGGUUUUUCGAGAUUUUAAUCAUGCUCAUGGCGGUCAUUGCAAUCUGGUACCUAAAAAGAAGUAA